AUGGCAGCCGUCCGCCGUCCCCAUCCCCUCGUCGCAUCCCUUCCCAUCCCGGCCGCCACUCGCUCUCCGUCGCAGCCCCUAUCCAAUGCCCCCCUCCCGCCCUUUGCCCCUUUCGGAAGCGGCGAGGGAUUCUUGGGGUCGGGCUGCGGCUGGUUGGCUGGAAACGUAGUUAGGCGCAAAGGUAGAGUUGAGAGUUUAUCGACCCUGUUUGUUCCUUGGUUCAGUCGCUCCCAUUCAAUAGAAUACUCCUCUUCUUUCCCUUGUCUGGACAUUCAAACCGAGCGCAAGAAACCCAUCUUCACAGAUCUUACAGCCGAGUCAAGCGGCUCUCCAAAAACCAAAGACGCCGCUUUGAACAAUAACAUGAGACAAUCAAAAGGAAACCAAACCCACUAA